AUGAUUAUCGUAGAUGAUCUGAUGAACUCUGCUUGUGAAAGCGAUGAAAUCGAGAAAGCCUUUACCAAGCUGGACCCGGACAUGAGGGUCUCGUCCCUGGAUGUCUCCCACUCCGACCUGCUGAAUGAGACGUGGGUUUUUGGGGGGAACGAGAAAAGCAGGAAAUACCUGGCCAGCCUGAUCCGCCACUUCCCCAGUGUCUGCCUGCUGGAUGCUGCUGGUCACCCGGUCAGCUGGAUUGCUUCAGACCUGUUUGGUGCCAUGGAGCCUGGCUACACUCUGCCCCAGCACCGGCGGCGCGGCUACAUGGGGAUGCUGACUAAUUUGAUAGCCAAGCGGUUGCACGCACUAGGCUAUCUCAGCUACGGCUUUGUGGCCAUGGAGAACUACCCCAUGCAGAGGUUGCAGGAGAGGCAGGGCUUCCAGCGCCAGCCUAGCCUGUGCUACUUCAUUCUUCACAACACAGCACUGGCAAAAGCCCCCACGUUAACCCCCAGCCCAGCACUAGGCACAGCCCCUGUCUACGUGCUCACCUGCCUCCUGCAUCUGCUCUGCUCCUCCUCCCCCGCUUCUCCUGGGGCAUCCUGCUCAGCGUAUUACAUCUAUAACUCCUCCACACAGGUGGCAUCAGACAACUCUGACUUCUACACCAACAUGUACGCAGAGUUCUACCAGGCUCUACUGGGCAGCGCGGACGUGAUCAACUGA